ACAUGUACGCGUGACGUCACCGUCGGCGCGCGUGUGACGUGUCGUAACCAUGCGACGGGGGGCUACAGCGCAUGCUCGCUCCGCCCGUAUAUAGGGAAGCGGACAGCGAGGAAUUGCGGCGGACACUCGUGGGCGGCAACUCGGGGCCCGCGCGAGCGAGGGGGAGGCGCACCGCGCAGAUGUUGCGAAACGCGCGCAGGGCCGGAACCCUGUGUGCGCGCGGCUCCAUACUCGACGGACAGCAGUCGCGAGGGCAGCGACGCUGCGCGGCCAGUUUGUUGUUGUUUAUACCCCUCGAUGAUAACAGGGAUCGACCACUGGCGCUCGUGUAUUGAGGCGCAUCCGCUCGGUGUUGUUGUGGGGCGUCGUCGUCGAGCGGGGUCCGACGAAGCGCGGCGGGUGCGCGGCGGCCGGCGGUGGGCUCUGAUGCGCGCGCAAGCGAAGGCAUGGAGGGCCAGGCCCCGAGCCCCCUGGAAGCGCGCUUCGCCCCGGGGGCCCCCUGUCCGCUGCAGCAGCACUAUGCGAGGCUGCUCAUGCAGCAGCACUCGGUGCCGACCACAUCUGCCGCCGCAGUCGCAGCAGCAGCUGGAGGGGCAGCCCUGUUCCCUUACCUGAACGCACUGAGCAACAACGCAUCCAGCCCAGGAGGGAGCCCCCUGGGUCACCUGGGCAGCUUCCGGGCUCCACACACGUCACCCAACAUGGCUGCCAUGCGGCAGUUCUGGCCCCCAACUCCUCCGCCCGAUAUGUCAACAUCUCCUGGCUACAGCCGCUAUGGCGGGAGCUACUACUCACUGUUCCCACCGUUGGGCUCUCCACCAGACCCCUUUGGGCCCCCUGGUAGCUUGUUUCCCCGCUUGGCACACUCUGCUUCUCAUUAUCCUUCGCUGUUGGACCGAGAUGGUGGCUUUCUCUCUCCAAGCCUGGGUUCGCCUCUGUCACACUACGCUUCGGCGUUGUCACCUCUCGCCAGCUCUUCCCUGCUGUCGCCGCCCACGUCAAGCUCGACAGGCACGGACUUGAGCCACCCUGGCAAGGUGGUUGAUGAGCCGCUGACAUCCACGGCACGCAGCCACACGGACAGUCUCCUGACCACCGUAGCUCCGCUCACCUCAUCUACACAGAGCGUCCGCUCUUCGAGCAAGCCUCCAAACGCACACACGAGGGACCGCAGCUCGGAGAAGUCUCGAUCGAAAAAGUCGUCCCAGAAAAACACGAACAAAAGUGGCCCAACAGACCUGUCUGUGGGUGCUACUCCGGUGACAAGUGGCCGAACAAAGACUAUCGAGAAGUGCUCUCACUGCACUUGUGUGCCCCAGAACUGUGGAACCGUGACUAGUGCGUCAUGGUCUCAGGACUUGUUAGACAGUGGCGGCACCACCACUGCAGCUGGGUUGGCCAGCUCCGGGCCAACAGAGCCGUCGACAACUGUGGGGAUGUCCCUGUGUUGCAUUCCAUCAGAUCAGGUGACAUCGACUGUCCCAUCACCAGCGGCACAUCCACCCCCCCUGCUGUCACCGACAGGGCCUGCCGUUGUCAGCUCAUCCACUCCGGAUGUCAGUCUCACACCUCCAACUCCUGAGGCGGCGACAGAUUCUCCCACUUCCAACACACCUCCGUUGCACUCUCCCUCUCAAGCCUCUCCCCUUCGCAACCUUUCUCCCAUGGCUGAACCCGCGCCAGAACUGUCUGUGACUCCCACAAGUUUGGAAAAGGACACCAGUGUUUUCACUCGAGGAGAUUGCAGCUCAACAACAGAUGAGUGCCGUGCUAUUGCUGCUGUGGCGCCCGUGACACCAGUCAGUUGCGUGACACCUGUGAGUUCUGUGGCCCCUGUUGUAAGUGUCGUCACGCCUGUGAAUACUGUUUCGCCAGUCAAAACUGUCGUUUCCCCUGUCAGCACCGUUGCACCUGUCAAUACUGUCACACCUGUUGUCAGUACCGUCACAUCCAUCAAUAACGUCACACCCAUCCCCACCGCUGCAACAGCUGCUGUAACCCCUGCAGCAGCGAGUUGCAUGUCCACCUCAGCCAGUGCCACUGUCACGAGCACCCCAGUUAAUCACGUCAUGCCCAUGGCUCCCGUCAACCCCGUGGUUGCCGUCAUGCCGCGGUUGCCAUCGCCCAAGGAGGAAAAAGAAGAGGUGCGGUCGGAGUGUCGGUAUGCCACUGCAGUCACCAAGCGGGAGCCAUUGGAUCUGGAUCAGCGUGCAACAGGCCCUGCCCUUGUGCCUCUGGGAAAGAAUGCAGUCAUGCUUUCAGUGCAGCAGACAAAGGUGGUCUCGCAGACGAGGCUUCGGGGCAACGGCAAGAGCAGCGGGCUUGCUGUGGGCAUGGCCAAGGCCUCGGCCAAGACCACAUCGGUUUUCUCAACACCCCUGGGCUCGGGUACAGGUUCACCGAAGGUGCAAGAAGUGGCUCCAGUCAACCUCAAGAUUUCCAAGUCAUGUGAGGCCGUCAUCCAGAAGCCCGACGGGGCCUCCUCGACGGGAAUCCCGACUUGCGUGGCAGUGGCAACGCGACGGCCGCAGGAGGCUGGCGGCAGCAAGAUUGUGGUGGAGGAGAAGUGUGACACCACGGUGUCGGUGGUGCCUGCGCUGAGUGUCCUCAACGCCUCCAGCCAGCCGAUCCCUGUGGGCAUCGCUGUGGCACAGCAGCGUCAAGACCACACCAUCACAUGCAGCAAGACAAGCUUGUCGUCAAGUGCAGCGGAGCAGAGUCACAUAACUGCAGUCAGCUGCUCUACGGUCAUAUUGGCUGCAGGUGGUUCAGACAGAGGACCACGUUUCUGUGAGUCAAGGCAAGGACCAGCUGCCCACCAAGGAAUGGCCGAGACUACGACGACAUGCCUCGUCACUGCUGGCCCUGUACCAGCGCACACAACAUGGGACUCGCAUUCUGAUGCGCUGGCUCUACGCCCCGCUGCGGCUACACUGCCGUGGUUGACAACACCAGCACCACCUGUGGUGACGACACCCACAAUCUGGCUGCCACAAGAGGCCACGCCACCGCCACUUGCAUCGCCAGGUGGCUUCCAGCUGGCACGGGACGCACUCACCGGUCAGCUGUACCUCGUCCCUGCGGCACCGACGAGCUGGACACUCUCUGGUGCUGCCACUGCAAGCCCAGUACAGCAAAUCCUGACAACUCAGCAGCACACGACCUUCCAGCAGAUCAUGCCAGACCAGUGGAGAAGCGAGCUGAAACCCACUGCAACGGUUUUUGAGGCAGUGCCCCCAAAGCUUGAGAUUCUGGAGGCGGCAAAGGACCUGUCGACAGGAGCGGCAUUUGCGUAUUCCGCAAUGCCGACUGCGGUGGCGACUCCGCCGGCCCCCUCUGUGGUGUCCUACCUGUAUGACCCGUCUGCAGUGGUACAGCAACUGACACAAGUGGCUGGCACCACGUCGAUGGUGGCUGCCCUGGCAUCGGGAAAGGUCUCCCAGGGCACGUCUCCCCUGAUGACGACCAGCAGCCCUUCGUUGGCGCCACAACCCUUGGUUGAGCAGGGAGUGCAAGCAUGCGAUACUGACAAUGCAACCGAGGAGAGUGACGAUGACACCCUGCGCCCAGCACCUGUCUUGCCUGGGGUCAAGCUAGGGUCCACAGUGACUUCAGUCACAACAGCAAUCCAGGUGGAUAUGGAUUGCCCAACGACGUCAGACGACAACGAGCCGGAUGAACCAAUGCCUGUUGCUGUGCAGACGACAGACUCUGCCAACCAGACAGAUGACCUGCCACAGCAGACGACACAGCCACAGGUGGAGCCAGAGGAGCAGGAGCCUGGCAUUCCCACUCCACUGUUUACACCUCCACGAACAAAGGUUCAGGACACAUCAGACAGUGAGAUAGACGACUCCAUACCAGUGCUUCUUACACAGACUUCGGGUGUCCAGGAGUUCAUUGACCACCAUGGACUUGACCUGUUGGUUGACAGCAUUGAAGAGUUUGCAGCCAACCAAGAAGCUGCAGUGGAAAGCAUGCCACGACUAGAGAAAUCUGAGACUUCUCAGGAUUCGGUUGUGGAGGCCGUGGUGUCACCAGAGAAGGGCAGUCCACCAGCGCUCACUGCUCAGUCGCCUUCUUCUCGUCCAGAAGAAUGGUUUGCCCGUCGAAGCUUCAGCCCAGGACCAUCAUCCAAAGCUGCACCGCAAAGUCCACCAUCUCCACCUUUGCUCGAGGCCAACCUUGACUCUCCAAACAAUUCUAAGAUCUCUUUAUUUGACUCACUGAAAAUUGUGACAGACUCUGCAGAUUCCUUUGAAGACAAAGAUGGGUCAGGAGAGAUGGCUCUUCAGCGAUCCGCCUUUGCACAGUCAAAGACGAGCUGUGACCCUGAACGUUCAUUCGCUCAGGCAGAUAUAUUCAGCACAAGGGUGACGGAGACCACAGCCUUCCCAAGAAAACUGUCAACAUCACCUUGUAAAACAGAUGUCACAAAGGACUUCUCAAGUGACCAUUUGAACUUUGUCUUCAAAGGUUCUCAACCUGUGGAGAAUGAGUAUGGUGGAUUUGAAAGAAGCUCAAAAGAUUUUUCCCAGUCAAAACCUCCAUUUCAGUGGCACGAUGUUUCGAAGGAGCCUGUGCAUGCUGAAGCUGUGACCAGUGACACUAGUUUAGUUGCAAGUUCGGCCACAGCCCUUGCUUCAAGUCCAUCCACAAACUUGAGGGAGGCAUUUGAUGGAUCGUGCACGGAUGGCUUAGGCCUUUUAUGUGCGCUUGCUGAACAGAGAUUCUUGGAAGAGGCAAGAAAGUCCUCCGAGGUCGCAGAGCUGCCAGUGGAAGAUGAGAAACCAGUGCCGAGUCCGGUUCCUCUGACAACAGCUCCUGCAGAUGAAGGUCUGCCUUGCGACGAUGGCGAGCAGCCAUCCACUGCCGAAACCAUGGACCAGAUGGAACGAGAAAUGCGCAUCCAACUGGCAGAGCUGCAGCGCAAGUAUCGCGAGAAACAGCGGGAGCUGGCAAAACUGCAGCCUCGAAAGGACAAGGAGUGCGAUCAGGAAAAAAGUUCAGCGCACAAGAAGGCAUCGUCCACAUCUGCAUCUCAUCAGAAGAAGCGCCGCCACUCCUCAACAGCAGCUCAGCCAUUGUCACUGUUCGAUGUGUUGAAGCAGAGUGCUGCCACAAAGGAAGUCGUUGCAGACAAGAAGGCUGACACAGCUGGUUCAAGCAAGGAGCUGGUGAAGUCAUCAUGUCGUGAGACAAGCAUUAAGAAAGCAGCGGAAAAGGCUACAUUGUCAGCAGCUUCCAAAGAUGUUGAAGCCAAAAGACCCCAGCCGAGCGUGCCAGUUUUAACGAUCAAAAUCAGCUCUGAGCCAUACCAGGCUGUGACUGAACAGGAAGCCAAGUCAUCAGGUAAGCUGGUGAAUUCUGGAUACUGUUGUCCUUAACUUUGUAAUGAAACU